CUCUUCAGAUUAACCGCUCUUCGAUGAAAGCCGCAUUUUCUCACCUGACAGGAACUUUUCCAGGAUUGCUGAAUCUGAAAAUGGCUUCUUUAGACAGAAGGAGUCAUUAGAAACAGCGAGGCUGUUGUUAAUGUUGCUGGAUACUGACUCUAAAGAAAUAAAUCAAAUUGGACUUUCACAAUGGCUGACCAAGGCGGCACAGUAGGUCGUUUGAAUGAUUUGGAGGUUUCAAAACCUGAUGAUUCAAAUGAAAAAUCAAAAACAGCCGAAGGUCAAAAGCCACAAGACAGUGACACCACUGAAGGGGAGAGAACCGAGUCUACAGAUGAAGAAGAAGAUGAUGAAGACGAAGAGGAGGAGGAGGAGGAGGAAAUGGCAAGAUCGGCACAUUUUGAGUCGACCACUUUACCGUAUCCUGGAGAUUUAAACAAGAAGCUACAGUUGGACCAGAAGAAGGAUCUAUUUGGGUCUGAGGAGAGGGACACUGGGAUCAGUCAGGGGGAGAGUCAGGAUCUCUCAGAGGAGCGAAGCCAAGAGGAGGUUGAUGGUAGGAACAAGUGGAGAGAGAGCAUGCCUGAGGGUGAAAGGUGGAGGGACGACGAGAUUGAGCUGCAGAGGAACAGCAAAGAGGACGGUUCACUCGCAGACGAUGAGCAUGAGGACGAUGAGGAGGAAGUGGAUACAGUAUGGAUUUCAGAGAAACCUUCUAUGGGUUUCACCCCACAUGUCAUGAUUGUGUGUCCAAAUGCAAAGGAGCAGCCGGAGGAGAACCGGGACCUCAGGGAGCAGGUGGUGGAGAGGCAGGUGCCGAUGGAGUACGACCCUGCUGCACAGUUCAGCCCUGAGUGGGAAGAUCAGCAGGACGAGUACUAUGUGUGCGGGGGUGUUUGCAGUGAGAAGCUGGGGCUGGUUUUAUCCACUGUGGCUGGAGCGCUCCUCUUCCCCCUGCUGGUAUGGGCUGGAUAUGCUCUGCUUCCUUUUGACUACCCACAUCUGGAGAGUCCCCCCCUCAGAGUCCUAUACACGCUCCGCUGCUCUUUUUUUGCCAUCAUCCCCAUCAUCCUUGGUGUGAUGGUCCAGGGAAUUGCACGGCUGCGCUUCAGCGCUCUGAAGCCCCUCUAUCAGGGCAACCUGGUGAACAAGGAAGUGAUGGUUCACUGGCACUACGUCAACGAGUCGCUGUCUCUCUUCCUCUUCUACUUCCUGCAGCUUGCUGUCAUGGCAACCUACAUCAGCCAGGACUUGGUUAAGCUGGUGCCUCUGCUCAGCAUCAUAUUUGUUUUCGGCAGGCUCAUCUACUGGCUCUGCCUCUCUCUGGAAAGCAGCAUCAGGGGCUUUGGCUUUGGCUUCUCCUUCUUCCCCAUACUGGUGAUGCUGGGCGCCAACCUCUACUUCGUGUGCGCGUCUGUCGGACAGGGCUCGGUCUUCGAUGUGGCACCGCCCGCGACGCCUCCACCACCCAAGCUCCGCUGGUGGUUUUAGAAAGAGCUGAGAUCCAAAAUGGGGUGAGAGAAGGAGCUACAGCAACUUGAGUAACCCUCAGGAAACACGAGUCACUCAGGCGGAUCUCACUGUUAGUUUAUUAUGUUGUAAUUGUUAAGAUUUGUGGAGACACUAAGGUCUUUUCAGUUAAACUGUGCGCAGUUGAGGUGCAUGUUUACAAGAAAUUGAACAGAAAACAAAUCAUCUCAGGUUGGAUAAAUAAACACUAAUGACUCCUGUCAACAGGAGCUUCUGUUUAACACAAGGACCUUAUAUAGUUUAACUACUGAUUUUGGUAAAAGCCCAAGGAUAAUAAUGUUUACUGUUUUAUUCAUGCAUUUACUUUGGUUUUCUUAGAAAACAGUGGUAAUCCGAUUAAUAUAAAGAUAAUCGACAGUUGUCUGUUUUUGAACUAAUGCAAAUAAAUAAAACUUUGGUUAAAAAAAAUCAAGAAAAUUAAAAUAUUUUCAACUUGAAUCCUAAGAGCUCAAAAGAUCAAACAAUAAAUGUGUUUUAUAAUUAUUUUUUACUUUAUAUUUUUUCUUUCAAAUAUAUUUUUUAUUUCGUUUUGCGCACUGCUGUUCUUGAAAACCUUGAAAGUUAUAAUUGUCUUUGUUUUGUUUUUGGUUGAAGUUCCUCUUUAUUUACAGCAACAUAAGCUGCUGCUGUGCUAUUCUGGAGAAUCCCUUUUUUUUUCUCUUGAAUGAUGUCAAGGAAAUGUGAAAAAUGCUUAAUUCAAAAAUGCAAUCCAA